UCGCCUCCCCGGACUCCGUCUCACUCCCCUCAGUUCACCACACCGCUUGGUCUCACCCAGCUCCGCCUACGCUCGGCUUUCCCCUGCCGCGCAAGAUGGCUGCUCCCAUGCGGCCAGUCUCCGAUCCGUGGAACCGCGUGAGGAUCCUCAAAGCCGGGUGCCGCAGCACGGUGACAGUAAAGGACCCCAGCGCCGCCCUGAAAUUUUGUAUUGCGGCUGUAAUUAAAGAAUGCCAUCUUGUUACACGGUCUCUGAGGAGCCAAAUGCUAGAUGCAGAAACAGAUGUGUUAUGUUCCGUCCUUUACAGCAACCACAACAGAAUGGGCCGCCACAAACCCCAUUUGGCCCUCAAACAGGUUGAACAAUGUUUAAAACGUUUGAAAAACAUGAAUUUGGAGGGUUCAAUUAAAGACCUGCCUGAGUUGUUUUCUUCCAGUGAAAAUCAGAGUGUAACUAUCAAAACGUGUGUGAUCCCCAGCCAACCAGUGGUGGAGUUGACAUUGAUGAAGGUUUUAGGAGCCUGCAAGUUGUUACUCCGCUUAUUGGAUUGCUGCUGCAAAACAUUUCUUUUGACGGUGAAACACCUAAGAUUGCAGGAGUUCAUUAUUUUAAACCUUGUCAUGGUUGGGCUAGUAAGCAGAUUAUGGAUUCUCUAUAAGGAUGUUUUAAGAAGGUUGAUUUCAUUAUAUGAGCCAUUGUUUGCGUUGCUUCAAGAAGUCUCUAGGAUUCAACCAAUGCCUUACUUCAAAGAUUUUACCUUUCCUUCUGAUAUUGCUGAAUUUCUAGGACAGCCCUGUCUUGAAAUCUUUAAGAAAAAAAAGCCUACAGCUUUUGCAGCUAAAGGAGUAAUUAAGUUGCUAAAUAAACUAUUUUUGAAAAAAGAACAAUCACCAGGUUCCAGUGAAGACAGUUUGCUUAGAAUUUCCCAAGAGGCUAAACAAACGAAGAUCAGUGUACAGAGUAAGGUGGAUCUUGGCCAGCCAGUAAAGAAUACAAAAGUCCUUAAAGAAAAGUCAUCAGGAUUUGACGUGAGGGCUUUCUGCGAACAGCUGAAGCACAGAGCUAUUCAGGAAACCAGCUUUGAAUCUACAUGUUCUCAGUUGAAGCUUAAGACAACUAAACAUUCUUCGCAGAAAGUAAUAGGAUUUCUCCAUGCCAAAACUUUUGUGCAAAGAUUCCGAGAGGCCAAAAACUUCAUGCAACUUUCUGAAGAAAUCCAAGUGGCAGUUGUAUGGUGCAGGACCAAAAAACUCAAGGCUCAGGCCACCUUUCUGGGCAACAAACUUCUUAAAAGUAAUCGGCUUAAACAUGUAGAAGCUCAAGGUUAUAGUUUGCCAAAGAAACUAGAAUGCAUAAAAACAUCCAUUUGCAACUGCCUUCUUCAUGGCUCAGGUAUCAGAACUUCAAAGCAUCAUCUGAGGCAAAGAUCACAGAAUACAUUUUUACUAAGAAAAAGGAAACCACAAAGAAAGUGGCAGUCAACCCUUUUAAAGGAAAUUCAGCAGUUCCCUCAAGAACCUCUCAAGAGUGCUGUGGACAGCGGUACUAAGUGGAGUCUCUCACACGGCACAGUUCAGAGAACUGAUUGCUGCCGUAACAAUAAGCAGCCGCUGACUAACAAGCCUGCCACACAAACUAAGGAGAAUCAGAUUCAUGGAAGUCUUACAGGAAGCAGUGAAAGUCAAACUAAUUCAUGGACAAAGAUGAAGAUAAAUAAACAAAAUAUGCCAGGACCUGUUAAAGAGACAGAUGACAUUGAUGACAUUUUUGCUUUAAUGGGAGUGUAGAUGUUCAUAUAUGAGAUUUUUAAGUGUUAAGAAACUGGUCCACUGUUGUGCUGUUUUAAGUGGAGCUGCUGAGAUCUUGAAAUACUACUGCUUAGGCUCAGAGAGGAAGUGCUUCCAUGCAGCAUUCCACAAGAGUUCAUUUCAGUUCAAUAAACAUAUGCAGUAGCUUUGUAUCAUUUCA